AUGUCCUCUGAUGGAACAGAGAGCAGUGAACUAGUGGGACAACAGGAAAAAGAGGAACCAGAUGCUGUGGCAGUUGAGGAACAGUCCACUGACAUGAGCAAUGGGGUUGCAGGAAAACUUGUGAUGAUAAAUGGGUCGCACGAUGAGGAGAUACAUGGUAGCAAUGGCCACGAUAAACUUGUGCAAAUGGUUGUAGAGCUAAAUUUUCAGAAUGAAUAUUUGAAGUCCCAAAUGGCUGGGAUGAAAGAUCUCCAUUUCGAUUCUGAUGAACACACCCAACUAAAAGAAGCCGAGGUUCAAGAGAAUGGGGGUCACGAUGCUGUGAAAGAGCUCCAGGAGCAAAUGGAAUCCUUGAGAAGGGAACUUCUGGAAGAAAGGCAAACACGCUGCGCUGCGGAGGAAGCCCUGAAGCAUCUUCGAGAAGUAUAUACAGAGGCUGAUGCGAAAUCCCAAGAGCUUACUACUAAACUUGCUGAAGCUCAACAGAAGAUGGACCAAGAAAUUAAAGAACGUGAUGAAAAGAAUUCCGAGCUUGAUUCAAAAUUGAACAGGCUUCAUAAACGCGCAAAACAGCGGAUUCAAGAGGUUCAGAAGGAAAAGGAUGACCUUCAGGCUCAAUUUAAUGAGGUCAAUGAGAAGGCUGAGAGAGCAGCAACUCAGUUGUCUGCAUUGCAGCAAGAGUUGGAGCGCACGCGGCAGCAAGCGAAUGAGGCACUGAAAGCAAUUGAUGCAGAUAGGCAACAACUACGAAGUGCAAACAACAAGCUUCGUGAUAACAUUGAAGAAUUACGUCGUUCAUUGGCACCCAAAGAGAAUGCUGUCGAGACACUACAGCAGUCGCUUUUGGAGAAGGAGCAGAUGUUGGAAGAAACACGGCAACUAUUACAAGGAGCGGAGGAGAAAAGACUUGCUUCAAUGUCAGAACUCUCUGCAAAACACCAGAAGGAAAGAGAAAAUUUGGAAGCCCAAAUUGCAGAUGUAUCAGCUGAAAGUAGUAAAGCAACUGAAAUAAUCUCGUCACUCAGGGCUUUGGUUGCUGAGAAAGAAUCUAAAAUUGCAGAGAUAGAUGCUGCUUCAACUGGUGAGGCAGUGCGUCUUAAAGCUGCUAUUGAAACUGUUAAAGGGGAGCUUGCACACGUGAAAAGCGAGCAUGAAAAGGAGAAAGAAAGUUGGGAAGUCAUCUCGCAGUCUCUCAAAAUGAAGCUGGAGAAGGCUGAAAGUAACUGUAUACGUGCAGAAGUUGAACUGGCCAAGUCGAAAAGUCAACUGGAGUCAGAAUUAUCUGUGCAAGCUCAGCUGAUAAACUCAAAAGAUUCUGAAAUUCUGGGUCUGAGAGAGGAGAUUAAGCGUCUUGAGAGUGAAUUCGCUGCUUACAAGAUCCGAGCACAUGCCCUUCUUCAGAAAAAAGAUUCUGAGCUGGCAGCUGCGAGGGAAAAUGAUCAGCUCAAAGCUAUGGAGGAAGCUUUUAAAGAUGCUGAGAAAGAAUUGAUGCUAUUAUCUACCGAAAGGGAUAAAGCUGUCCAGGAUCUGCAGCAUGCUUUAGUUGUUCAUGCUAAAGAACUAGCUUCAAGAGAUGAAGCUCUGAGUGCUGCUGAGCAACAGAUAAAGAACUUGGAGAUGAAUUUAAAUACUGCUCUAUCCAGCCACCAGUCAGAAAAGGAGUCGUGGGAAGUAAACCUUAAAAAUGUUGAAGAAACAUGGCGAUUGAGAUGUGAAGCAUUGAAGGCUGAAACUGAGGUGUCUUCUAGCCAAAUUCAUGAAAAGGAGUUUGGGGACAUUAAACUCCGACAUGAAAAGUUGAAGGAUGAGCAUUUCUCUUUCCGCGAACUAGCUGAUAGGAUGAUUGAGGAGAAAGAUAAAGAGAUUUCCAGGCUCUUAAAUGACAACGAGAACCUUCGGCAAAUGCUUGAGUCAAAUCCAUUGGCUGGCUACCAUUAUUCCGAUGAUUCAGCCUUUCAGAAGCAGGAUGCCCUAGAUUCUAGUCCUUCUGCCGCUGAACAACAAAUUCUAAUUUUGGCUAGGCAACAAGCACAAAGAGAGGAGGAACUUUCCCAGUCACACCGGCACAUUCUUGCACUUCAAGAAGAAAUUGAAGAGCUUGAACGUGAAAAUCGUCUCCAUAGCCAGCAGGUGACCAUGUUGAAGGAAGAACUGAGAAACAUGGACAGAAAGGAAAAGCGUGAAGGAGUGGAUUUGACAUACCUUAAAAACGUCAUCUUGAAACUUUUAGAGACAGGUGAAGUUGAAGCACUGUUGCCGGUAGUUGCAAUGCUCCUCCAAUUUAGCCCUGACGAGGUGCAAAAGUGUCAGCAAGCUUAUCGAACUUUAAACGCAGCUCCACCUAGCCCAGCGAGUGAUGGAGCAACGUCUGGGUUGUCACUCUUUUCCAGAUUCUCAUUUUCAUGA